AUGGGCAGUGUUGGCAGUGGGGUGGCAGGAGAGCAGGAGUUUGCCAUGAAGUCUGUGGGCACGAGGACCACCCUGCCCCGUGCCCCUCCUCUCUCUCGCCGUUGCCCUGCCGACCGCAGCUGUAGUGCAGAGCGGCUGCCUCGCCCCCCAGCGACUAUAUCAGACGGGACGGCCUCUAGUGAUGAACGAGGGAGUGUUAGUAUCGGGACUGGGACCUGUACCGGGACUGACCGGCCCACCGAAACAGCCUCUUCCACCAACACUGAAUGUACCAUGGCGGCCCCGUCCAACAACAACCAGUUGGAGUGUGGUAAUGGAGCAGGCCGGAGGGAGUGGGAGAGGGAACGACAGCGUGAGAGGGGGAGAGACAGGGACCGGGACCGAGACUGGGACCGAGAGAGGUUAGAGAGGGAGCGCGAGAGGGAGAGAAACCGGGAGAGGGAGCGGGAACGAGUGGAGAGGGAGAGGCUGGAACGAGAAAGGGAACCCAACGAGAAGAGCAGCAUUGGCAUGACCCAACACCAGCACAGAGAGAUGGCAGCUGCCAGAGGCGACAGUGAGAACAACCCAGGCGGCCCGCCGAAGAUCAUGCCAGUGUCAGGAAAACUGGAGCAGGCGAUGCAGAGCAACUCAGGCCUCGUCCGUCCCUCUGCCUUCAAGCCGGUGGUUCCCAAGAGCUUCCACUCCAUGCAGAACCUGGUGGGCCAGGCAGGAGGGGCUGGGAGCGAGGGCAAGACUGAGGCGAGGAGUGAAGGGUUCAGUGAGAGCAGAGGAGGCAGGAGAGGCAGGGACGGAGGAGGUGAAUCAGGAGAGGGAGGGAUGUCUGAUUCAGGUAGAAACUCCCUGACCAGCCUGCCCACCUACACGGGCUCUGGGUCUGGUUGUGGGCCCCCAGCAGUCCUGGGGCCUCUCAGUGCUUCCACCAGCCACAUCAAUAGGUUGGGCAUGGCUGGGGCAGCUGCAGGCCUGGACAAGCUUGAAAGGCCUGGCUAUCAGAACGGACUCAGCGCCUCAGACAGCGGCCGGUCGUCCUCAGGAAAGAGCUCCUCGUCCUAUCAGAGGCUGAGCCACCUGAGUGAUGCGCCUGCGCCUCUGCGCCCCUCCCCUUCCUCUGAUGAUGUCAUCCAGGACCUGGAGGACCGGCUGUGGGAGAAAGAGCAAGAGGUGCAGCACAUGCGCAGGAAUCUGGACCAAAGUGAGGCCGCCAUCAUUCAGGUGUUUGAGGAGAAGCAGCGGGUCUGGGAGCGACAGAUGGAUGAGCUGAGACAGAACUACGCUUCACGCCUGCAGCAGGUGACGCGACGGGCUCAGCGCUCCCAGACUGCCCUGCAGGCCCAGAUAGGCCGUCUGUCCCAGGACAAGAGGAGGCUCCAGGAGGAGAUGGCGGCUCUGUUGGCCCAGAGAGAGGACCUGGAGAGGAAGUGUCUGGAUUACAGGAAGGAGCAGGCCGACAUCUUGCCUCGUCUGGAGGAGACUAAGUGGGAGGUGUGUCAGAAGGCCGGAGAGAUCUCCCUGCUGAAACAGCAGCUGAGGGAGAGUCAGGCUGAAGUGACUCAGCGAGCUGGAGAGAUGGUGGCCCUGAGGGGGCAGCUGAAGGAGCUCAAUGCCCAGCUGAGGGAUCGGGAGGAGGCCAUGCUGGGCCUGAAGGACUCCUACAGCAACAAGAGUCUGGAGCUGGAGAAGUGUGAGGUAGAGCUGAGGAGGACUCUGUCAGAGGUGUCCAUCCUCAGAGAAAAGCUGGGUGUGUUUGAGGCAGAGGUGCUCAGUUUAAAGCGGGCUCUCAAUGAAGUGAGCAGAGGAGCAGAAGUUGUAAUAAGCCCGAACCUCGCUGCUGCAGGACUUUUGCCGCCAUGGGGCCUUGUCCACUGCCCACGCAACCCCACUGAGUCCUCGACCAACACCCUUACCCCCUCCGCUGAGACUCUGCUGAGUCUUCAGAGCGAUGAAGCCAAAGCCCAAAGGCAGGAGGCUCAAAGACAGGAGAGGCAGCAACGUGAAGAAGCUCAAUGGCGCGAAGUGCAGCUGCGGCAGGAUGCCCACAUGCUGCAGGAAAUGCAAAUGCGUCAGGACGCCCAGGGUCGGCCUGAGGCUCAACUCCGCCAGGAGGCCCAUCUCCGUCAGGAGGUUCACCUCCGCCACGAAGCUCAAAUCCGUCAAGAGGCCCAACUACGGCAAGAAGUGCAGCUGCGUCAAGAGGGCCAGCUCCGUCAGGAGGCCCAACUGCGCCAGGAAGUCCAGCUCCGUCAGGAGGCCCAGCUCCGCCAUGAGGCCCAAAUGCGUCAAGAAGCCCAGCUGCGUCACGAGGCCCAACUCUGUCAGGAGGUGCAACUGCGUCAGGAUGCCCACCAGCCACAGAGGGGCCAGGAGGGUCACUGGGAUGAAGCAGGGGAGCUGCGCAGGCAGCUCGAGCAGCUCCAGGCAGCUCUACGUCUGGAGCGGCAGCAACGGGAACGUCAGGCCCUCAACUUUGACCAGGAGCGCCACACCUGGCAGGACGAGAAGGAACGGGUUUUAAAAUACCAGGCUCAGCUGCAGCUCAGCUAUGUGGAAACGCUGCAGAAGAACCAAGCUUUGGAAAAACGUAUGGGCCAGUUGGGAGCCAAACCAUCCACACCCCUGUCUCCUCCGCCCAUACCCUCUAUUUCUGGCCCCAUUGCCCUCACCCUCUCCCCACCCUGUGAAGACCAGAAGGGCCCUCCUUCUCUCAACCAGCUGGCCCCUCCCUGGGCAGGAGCCUCCCGUCUGGAGAGGAUAGAGUCCACUGAGAUAUAG